AAUGGUCUAAUCCUCCCUUUCUUUCUCAUUCUAUUAUUCAACAUCAAAACACACAAAAACAUUAGUAUAAAAAUGGCUUCCAACAAGCUUAGUGCACUCAUUAUAUUGUUUUCCCUCCUUGCUUAUUCAACAUUCUCUCAUGCUUGUGGUUCAUGCAAACCACCUCCAACACCGAAGCCUAGCCCUCCACCACCUUCACCUUGUCCUCCACCACCAUCAAAAACACAUCCUCCACCACAUGCUAGCCCUCCACCUAAGGUUAGUAAUCCACCACCAACACCCAAUGCUAGUCCUCCACCUAAGGUUAGUACUCCACCACCUUCAACAACUCCAAAUGCUAGUCCUCCACCUAAGGCUAGUGCUCCACCUCCUUCAACAACACAAAAAUGUCCUAGUGACACAUUAAAACUAGGUGUUUGUGCUGAUGUUUUAGGACUUGUUAAUGUUAUUGUUGGAAGUCCUGCUUCAAGCAAGUGUUGUGCAUUGAUUCAAGGUUUGGCUGAUUUGGAUGCAGCACUUUGUCUUUGUACUGCUAUUAAGGCUAAUAUUCUUGGUAUCAACUUGGAUGUACCUGUCACACUAAGUCUUCUACUUAGUGCUUGUGAAAAAUCUGUUCCUUCUGGUUUCCAAUGUUCUUAGAAUUUCAUAUCAAAGGUUCAAGCCAUACUUACUAUUAUUUGUGUGCAUGAUCGGUGAUAUCAUGAUUUUGUUGAAAUUUUAAAGUGUGACUUUCGUCAAAAUUACAGUAUUACUGUAAUUCUGCUAAACUCAUCGUCAAUAUUUAUGCACUAUAUCUAUUUGUGUGUGGCAUUUAUAUCAUUUUAAAAAAGGGGUAAGCAUGUUUGCCUCAUUUAGUAACUUGUUCUUUGAAUUUUAAUAAAUUUGGCAAAGUUUCAUUUUA